GACAGGAUGUUUGAAAUGAACGGGGUUUCUUCAUCAAAAACAUCAGAGAUUUGCUCCCCUUCCUCUUUUGGCAGCCAGGAUAACAUCGUGAGGGCAACUCCAAGCAGCAAGGAGUUAGCUUUUGAGUCAUCUGAGUUGCUUUUUUUUAUUUAAUUAGUUACUUUCAAUAUGUGAAGGCAUAGCCGUGGCAUUGAGCAAAAGCAACAGCUUACGUAACGGGGGGCUGUCCUUUGUGAUUUAUUUAAUCUCCGCAAAUUAUUGCAACAAUCCACACUGGAGAAGACACUCAGAAGGGUGCUCCGGCAGUCACGGCAUCGGGACAGGACACGUACACGUGAUCGGUGGGACCUAUUUUCUUGCUAGCCAUGGGGAAAGGAGACUGCAAAAAACCUCACCCUAACAAAAAAGAACUGAACCGUCCCAGAGAUGAGGAAAAUCUACAUAGAUGUGCAGCACCAAUGCCUUCUGACGUGCUAAGCACUCCUGGAUCGGUGAACACUACGGUGCAAGACGAGCAGAGUGGCCUCACCUCCCAAUAUGAGGACCCCGACCAGCCCCAGGACUCCCAGGACACGGCGGUGACCCACUCUGUUGAGAUGCCCACAGAUGCUGCACCCACAGGCAGAAACAGGUCCCAAAGAUGCCUGGGCAGGGUUUGCACAACCGAGCGACAGCGGAAUAUGCUGAUAAUCCUGAACUCGAUGCUGUUUUCUAUCAUUGUUGCGCUGAUAGUAACCAGACCAGGGCAGAAGGCAGCCCCGGUGCUGGCGUGCCCUUCCAAAUGGGUUGGGUACUGCAACGUCUGCUACUACCUGUCGGGGCAGCAGGAGCAAGGCAACUGGAGCUGGAGCCAGGAGCAGUGCUCGAGACACGGGGCCUCCCUGGUCGUGGUGAAUCAGGACUGGGAAUUGCAAUUUCUGAGACAAUUCAAAGACAACGGGGAUUCCUGGCUUGGGCUGCGGAGACGGGGUGAACAGCUGCUGUGGGUGGAUGGCAGCAGCUUCAAUUUGACGUUCCCGGUGCAGGGCAGCGCAGAGUGCGUCUACUUGAAUGGCGAGGACAUGGCGACCUCAAGCUGUUGGCAGAGCCGGCCUUAUAUCUGCAGCAAGCCCCAGGCUGCGGGGGCAGCUCCUGAGAAUGGUUGCGGAGAAAGGACCUUCCCCGUGCUGGGCACUGGUGGCACCUCUCAUUGAUGAAGGAUGAUGCUCUUCAGAAAUCAUUUAAAGUGUUUGCAUCUGUGGUUUUGAGGUCAAAACUGAAGCUUGAUGACUAAGGAUGGAACCUCAGAUGGAAGAGGUGAUGACAAAUAUCAGAGCUGAACAAGACCCAAACCUUAUGGACCAGACCUGGGGAUGCUGUUCUCCACGUCAUCUGAAGAGCAUCGACCACAUUGCACUUUGUUGUAGCCCAUGUUAUUAUUAUUGUUAUUAUUAUUAUUUUUAUAUGGACAAAAUGAUUUUUCAAGUUCCCUUCUGAUUCCAAAAUUUUGUUAGUCUGUGAAAUAUAUAUUUAUACACGUAUAUACGUGCAUGUGUUCCAUUCCUAUGGCCUUAGGGACAGUUUCCUGGUGGAUCCCAGCCAGUAAUUCCUUGAGCAGACAGAAGUUUGUUCUCCUGAAGUUCAGGGUCCUCUUUUUGGAAGUUCAGGGUCCUGACUCUGGUUUUUGCCAGACCCGUAUUCCUCAGGGUCACCAACUCCACCAGGUAGUGGUCGUCACCAGGCAAUCGUAACCUCUGUGAAGCUCUCUUCCACACUGGUGAGCACCAAGUUUAGUAAGGUUACACGUCGUGUCGGUCCGUCUAUUACCUGGACCAGGACUCCAGGAAUCUCCUGGAUUAUCUGGAUCUCGCCAUGCCGCUAUCCCAGCAGAUAUCUGGGUGGUUGAAAUCCUCCUCAGGACAAGAGCUUGUGAGCACAACAGUUGUAGUUGAAUCAAGACCUCGCCAACAUACUCAUCAGGUGGGCUGUAGCAGACCCCAACCACCGGUCCUUUACCGGACUGAUCCUUGAUUUUCACCCCCGAGCUCUCCACCUGGUCAUGGCUGUUUCUCAGGCAGAGCUCUUCACAAUCUAUCCAAUUCCUAAUACAGGAAUUAUUUCCUCCCUUCUGAACAGUUCAUAGCCAUCAACAGCCACGCUCCAGUCCUGGGAAUCAUCCCACCAGCUCUCCAUGAUCUACAUCCAUGAUUCCCUACACGGUCUUCCUCCCAAAGACCACUGCCCACGUCCUGAAGACCCCUGCCCGCAAUUCUUGGGAGGCUUUGCGCAAGGACUGAUAAGCUAAUUAGCAUAUGAAGCGAGAGCAGGCGGGUUUAGGUAAUGAAUAUGUAUAGGCAUUGAUUGAAUAUUCGUUGUUUUUCUGUAUAAAUAUGAGAUAGUUUGUUACUUCGAACAUGCACGUUAGGUGGAAGGAUCCCCUGUGCAUCCAGCACUGACAAUAAAGCAUUUUUCGUCACUUAGAAA